CCUGGCUCGAGCUCGUCCUGUUGAAAACACAAGUAGAAGGAAGCGACGACGGUACGGCAGGUCUGAACUGCUUUACCGAGACGUUAUAGGUAGCCUGUUUGUAAUUCGUGUUUAGCUUUUAUAUCCCACUUUUCUCCCAUUGCCACUUGGUUGACGCAGUAUGCCUUCAGAAAAAACAUUCAAACAAAGAAGGACCUUCGAACAGAGAGUAGAAGAUGUCAGACUAAUCCGAGAGCAGCACCCCAACAAGAUACCUGUGAUCAUUGAGAGGUAUAAAGGAGAAAAACAGCUACCCAUCCUGGACAAGACCAAGUUCUUGGUCCCAGACCACGUCAACAUGAGUGAGCUUAUCAAGAUUAUCAGGAGGCGCCUCCAGCUAAACUCCAACCAGGCUUUCUUCCUGCUGGUCAACGGCCACAGCAUGGUGUCUGUGUCGGCUGCCAUCUCUGAGGUGUACGAGCGGGAGCGGGACCAAGAUGGCUUCCUCUACAUGGUGUACGCCUCCCAGGAGACCUUUGGCUCUGCCAGGAGCAUCCAGUGAACCACCUUCCUUCUUCUUCCACAUGGCGGUGAUUGGACAAUUGUAGUGUUGAGCCCUUACCAACCCUCUCUCCUUUUUCCUCACCACACACCUUUAGUCUUAACUGUAAGAACUAAAAACACAAACUGCUAAGUCUAAACCCAGUGUACAGUAAAAUCACAGCUCAGCAAUCGGUUGUGUUCUCUGUAUUCUGACUGCAGUGAGCAGAUAAACAUUUUGUGUCUGCAUUCACCCAGCAGCAUAAAGGCACAGAGCGGUUGAGUCUGUGUGUGUCUACUGCUUUGCCAUCCUCUGGUGAAUCAUGUCAGCAUACCGCCUGUUGACAGUGUUUAUUUUCAGUAUUGUGGCUAUGUGUCUCCUAGGCUGUAUUUAUGUUAAUGUAUGUAUGCAUUUCAGGUAGGGACAUUACAUGAAAGUGGUGAUGCUCCGCCACUUGCAUAUGAACAUACAUAUAUUCAUACAUAUGAGAGGGGAUGCACUAGCCGGUGAACAAAGCCAAUCUUAAUUUUAAGGUGCUUGAGACGGGAACUAGAGCAGGGUUUUGGUGUAGUUGUUUUUAAUAGAGAUGAGCUUAAAGUUAGGGACUUGUCUUCUUGCUCAGUGCUUUUGCAAGGGGAAAAUGAUAUAUGAAGUAGAAAAGCUCUUUGUUAAUCAAUGCAUCUCUGCUGUGUUUGUCACAUUCCCUCUGUGGUCUUUCUUCAGUGUUUCCAUCCCUCCCUGCCUUGUAGCCUCUUCUUCACUGUAAUAAAUAAGAUGCUAGGAAACUGCUUUUGCUCUCGAAACAGAUGAUUGUAGUUUAUAAAAAAAAAAAAAAAAAAAAA